UAGACCUUAGUGGAACCAUGAUUGACAGCAUACCUCCAAGCAUCAAACAAGUUUCUGGGCUGACGUUCCUAAAUGUAAAAUCUUGCAAGCAGCUUCAAUCUUUACCAGAGCUACCGUGUCUGCUAAGAGAACUAAGGGCAAAUGUCUGCAUGAAUCUGAAGACAGUGUCAGGCUCAAUGACGACACUCACACAAGGUUUGGAUCAAAUAUGUGAUCCAGAGUUGGUACAUCGUAACGAGGAACAUACAUUUUGUCAGUGCCUGAAUUUGGAUGAGAAUGCGAGAAGCAGCAUAAUGGAGGAUGCAAAGCUCAGAAUUAUGCGAAUGGCAACUGCAGUCAUCUCAAAACGCAAAGAGAUAAAUCCAGAAUUAUUUGACAACAGGCUUAGGUUAUAUCCAUUCUCGGUUACCAUGUCUUGUCCGGGAAAUCAAAUUCCAGAGUGGUUCAGAUAUCAGAAGGAGGGAUCUUCAAUAAACAUCAAGCUUCCUCUGAUGCAUCCAUCUGAGACAAACUUCUCGGAUCUUGCUCUCUGUGCAGUUAUUAAAAUGACUGAAUAUUUUAUACUUGGCACACCAUUAGAGUGUGCAUUCAAUCUCAAAUCUUUAAACGGUGAAACCUCUCAGUUCUUUCUUACUAUUACUGAGGGGGAGAAGUGGGAUACGUGGCUGAACUCAGUUCACGUGGUUGUGUGCUAUAAACCACAAUUGUCCUCUCUUUUCCACAAUGCUGCCGAAGUGACUUUAGAAUUCAGAUUGCAAGAGUCCAAGUCUCCCAUCGAUGCUGUUGACAGAUUGUACCAGGGUCGCUUGGAUGUGAUAAGGUGCGGGGUAUGUAUUCUCUAUGGCGAAGGCCAAGAUGCUGUAAAAUUUUUAGGCAUCAAUUCAGGUGUUGGAGAAUCAGUGCUUGAAUAAGUCACUAGGACAAAGAGACGUAGCCAUGAGUCUAGAGCUGGUGGAAUUUGGAAGUGCGACAGUUGCCCUCCCAACGAUGAUACAGGUUGUUUUACUUUGAUAUGGCGCAAUAAGUUACCACAUGUUGAGCUUGGUAUGCUAACAUUUCUCAAACAUACAAUCACGAACCGUGUGAAGUUUCCUUUCAUACUGGUGAAUGC